GGCCAGGAGCCAUUUCUCGGUCUAUCGACUUAGGAAUUCGAAUUCUUCCCCCUCUUUCCAUAUCUGUGAAUUUUGACAAUGGAUAGCUUACCGACAACGUCGAAGCCUGAGAGACGAUGGAGAUCGAAGAAUCUUCAAACGAGCAAGUCCUCCGUCGUCAUGGCUUUCUUUUCUUGCCUCGCCUGGCUCUACGUCGCGGGCAGGUUGUGGCAAGAUUCAGAGAACAGAACGUUGCUGGGCGAUCUUCUUAGGAUGAACUCGGGCCAGAGACCAAAGGUUCUUUCCGUUGAAGAUAAGCUAAUGAUCCUUGGAUGCAAAGAUUUGGAGAAGAGGAUUGUGGAAGCUGAGAUGGACCUAACUUUGGCAAAGAGUCAAGGAUACCAGUCGAAGCAAGGUGGUUCAUCGUCAGGCCAGAAGCUUCUUGCUGUUAUAGGAGUUUAUACUGGAUUUGGUAGUCACUUGAAGCGCAAUGUGUUUCGAGGCUCUUGGAUGCCAAAAGGUGAUGCCUUAAAAAAACUCGAGGAAAGAGGAGUAGUCAUACGAUUUGUAAUUGGUCGGAGUCCGAAUCGAGGUGAUAGCUUAGAUCGCAAUGUUGAUGAGGAAAAUCGCCGAACGAAGGAUUUCCUGAUUCUCGAUGGUCAUGAGGAGGCUGAAGAGGAGUUGCCUAAGAAAGUAAAGUUCUUUCUCAGUGCAGCAGUUCAAAGUUGGGAUGCUGAAUUUUAUGUAAAAGUUAAUGACGACAUUGACCUUGAUCUUGAUGAGUUAAUCAAAAUUCUUGAGAAGCGUCGUGGUCAAGAUGGUGCUUAUAUUGGAUGCAUGAAGUCUGGAGAUGUGAUAACUGAAGAGGGAAGGGCAUGGUAUGAACCUGACUGGUGGAAAUUUGGGGAUGAGAAAUCGUACUUUCAACAUACUGCUGGUCCUCUGAUUAUACUUUCCAGGAAUUUGGCUCAGCACAUUCACGUAAACAGCGCAUCUCUAAAGACUUAUGCUCAUGAUGAUGUAUCGUUGGGUUCAUGGAUGAUGGGUCUCCAAGCAACAUAUACUGACGAUGUUCGUCUGUGCUGUGGCAGCUCCAGAAAAGACAAGGUGUGUAGCGUGGCUGAUUGUUUCUUUAAAUCAGUACUAACGGCUAAUGCUUCCGACUUUCUUGGCUGGCUGUUUAUGUCGGCCAUUUGGGGAGUCCUGCGGGGUUGCCAGCAAAACAUGUUUUGUUGCGUUUUGAGUCGCAGUGAGGGAUCUCUAUGAAGCAUAUCAGAUGAAUUCACCGAAAAUUGGAUAGAUACACCGGGAAAACAAGAAAAACAAUAUAUCAUGAUUUUGCAGACAAAUGUUGUGGGACGUUUGAUAUAUUGUAAUUGGGUGUUUGUCCUUUUUAUCCUUUUUCCUAGUGAAUAAUUUUGUUUAUGAAAGAAGUUCUGUUUUGUUUCAUGAGAAAGGGAAAUGUAAUGGAAUACAUUGGGAACAUUCAAA